ACGCCGUACAGCGCACCGCCCCUUUCGCGUCCUGUCGUGCAGCUCAGCGGGAAAGGUGGCAAAAACCGGGUCACCUUUGAGGAUCCGAAAGAUAGGGUUUGAAGUGUGUUUCACUGUGCGGAGAUGUGGUUCGAAAUUCUCCCAGGCUUCGCCAUCAUGGGCGUGUGCCUGAUGAUCCCCGGAGUGGCCACUGCGUACAUCCACAAGUUCAGUAAUGGGGGCAAGGAAAAAAGAAUUGCUCGAUUUCCAUAUCAAUGGGCUUUGAUGGAACGAGAUAGGCGUGUUUCUGGAGUCAAUAGCUACUACGUGUCCAGGGGCUUGGAGAACAUUGAUUAAGGAAGGAUUUUCCUGGUUGAAGAGGGAAAUAACUCAGCAUGCUCAUCUAGUCCCACCAAAAGGCUACAUAAUAUAUUAUAUAGCAUGCAGUAUGUUAUGGAACACUUAAUAAAAAUGAAAAAGAAAAGCCAAA